GAGGGGGAGGAGUCACGGGAGGGCUUGAGGUGUUACAGCUGCCCACUCUCUAUUUUCCGUACUGAUCGCACCUUCCUGUUAAAUGAAUAGUAAUAACACUUAGCGAUCAGGAAGGAGGCUUGGUGGGUUUGGACACUGCAUGCUGUCUUUUUCUAGAGACCCUUGUGGAUCAACAAGCUUCACACUGGGAAGAGAAGUCUGCACUCUGCAGGAGAUAAGGGGUGGACAAGAGACAUCCGAGGAGUUUACAUGAUGUGGAGGAAGCCUGGAUUGUAUUUCUAGCAGAUACCCAGCCCCUUCCUCCUAGGAAGCAAAGUGGGUUCGUGGAUUCGCUUGAACCUCUCAGUAUUCAGUAUCCCACUCUUUCUCCUCCCCAUCUAAUCCAGAAGAGCUAAACUGCCAAUUGAUCGCUGACUCGAUCGCUAGAUGUGUGCAUGUGUGUUCAUGGAUAUCGGUUGUUAGGAUCGGCCGAGUCUGUUUGGUUUCUGUGUACUUAACACCUUCCCUUAUGUCAGGCUCGAGUACGCCCAAAUCUUUGCCCUCAUCCGGGCAGAAGUCCCUUCAUGACAUCAAGCACCCCCUGAGCUGUUCUCCUGGAGAAGAUGAGGCUGCAGCAGGUGGUGAUGGAGCUCUUAUUGACAUCCCAAGCCCAGAACUGCUACACACCGAUCCCAGCAGCAUAGCAGAUAAGGACCUAAGCUUACCCAAUGGUACUCCUGCAGACACUUCCAGCCCUGCAUCAUCAUCAUCACUUCUUAACAGACUGCAGCUGGAUGAUGACUUGGAUGGUGAAACCAGGGACCUCUUUGUUACCGUUGAUGACCCAAAGAAGCAUGUAUGCACUAUGGAAACCUAUAUUACCUACAGAAUAAUGACCAAGACCACCCGGUCAGAAUUUGAUUUGCCAGAAUAUUCUGUUCGUCGAAGGUACCAAGACUUUGAUUGGCUGAGAAAUAAGCUUGAAGAAACCCAACCCAACCACUUCAUUCCCCCUCUUCCUGAGAAAUUUGUGGUGAAGGGAGUAGUUGAUCGGUUUUCAGAAGAAUUUGUGGAAACCAGAAGAAGAGCUUUGGACAAGUUCCUCAAGAGGAUUGCAGAUCAUCCAGUUCUCUCCUUUAAUGAACAUUUUAAUGUCUUUCUCACAUCCAAGGACCUGAACAGCUACAAAAAGCAGGGAAGCAAUUUGCUUUCUAAAAUGGGGGAGUCCGUGCGAUAUGUGACUAGUGGUUACAAGCUGAGAAAUCGUCCGUCGGAGUUUUCAGCAAUCAUGGAAUACUUGGACACGUUUGCACUGAAGCUUGGCACCAUUGACAGGAUAGCCCAACGCAUUAUCAAAGAGGAAGUGGAAUACCUGGUGGAGCUCCGAGAGUACGGUCCAAUCUACUCCACGUGGAGCGCUUUAGAAGGAGAGUUAAGCGAGCCACUGGAAGGAGUGUCUGCUUGUGUUGGUAACUGCAGCACAGCACUCGAGGAGCUCACGGAGGAUAUGACAGAGGACUUCCUGCCCGUGCUGAGAGAGUAUAUCCUGUACACCGAAUCCAUGAAGGCUGUACUGAAGAGAAGGGAUCAAGUCCAAGCUGAAUAUGAAGCCAAACUGGAAGCUGCUGCCCUUAAGCGAGAAGAACGAACAGGGGUACCUACUGAAGUAGAGAAGUGCCAAGACAAGGUGGAGUGCUUCAAUGCAGAUCUGAAAGCAGAUAUGGAGAGGUGGCAGAAUAGCAAGAGGCAGGACUUCCGUCAGCUGCUCACGGGAAUGGCUGACAAGAAUAUCCAGUACUAUGAGAAGUGCCUUACUGCUUGGGAGUCCAUUAUACCUCUGCUACAAGAAAAACAGGAGCCUAAGUGAGCAUUCCUUUACAAAGCGAGACCAUUUACGAUUUGUACGAGUUUACCAGAGCUCACAAUGCACAACUCACCAUGCUGCGUGACCGACACGUCGAAGGACCACCUUUCUACAUUUAUGUUAUACAGUGCAAUUAAAGAUCUACUUUAAUUCUC